UUCCCAGCAUGCUCUGCUGUGCAUAUGACGUAUCAACAUGGCGUCGCUCUGCAAGGUGAUGUACAACGUGAGCUCCAGAUCAUCUUUACUACCAAAACACUGUGUUUUUACCACGCUCAGAUCAUGCAGCUCCGAUGCGAGCGGGGGAGAUGGUAAAUCAGCCGAGAGGGUGAAGAGCGGGUUCGCAGCCGCAUAUGAGCAGCAUUCGGGUCUGCGGCAGAGCGGCGACCAGAGCUCCGGGGACGAGACCUCCUUCGCGUCGCUCCUGCGGCGCUCCGCGCUCUCGCAGAUGGGUCCGGCCAAAGACAAGAUCAUCGUCGGGAAGAUCUUUCACAUCGUCAAUGACGAUCUGUAUGUCGAUUUCGGCGGAAAGUUCCACUGCGUGUGCAAGAGGCCCCCCGCGGACGGGCAGAAGUACCAGCGCGGCAGCAGGGUGAGGCUGAGGCUGGAGGAGGUGGAGAUGACCUCGCGGUUCCUGGGAGCCACCGUCGAUACGACGCUGCUGGAGGCGGACGCCACUCUGCUGGGACUCAUAGAGAGCAAAGACAGCAAGACGAAGGAGUAGUUGCCAUUGAGAACUCAGACUCGACUAUAUGUGUGAACGAAUGGACUCUCUUGUGUAAGAGAUAUAUAAAAUUUAAUAUUGCACUUCCACGGA